AUGCCCCGCGCCGCCCCCCGGCGGCGGCUGCUCCUGCUGCUCUUGCUGCUACCGCCGCUCGCCCGCGGCGCCCCGGCCCGACCCAGUGCCGAGGGGUCGGCCUCGGAGCUAGUGGUGCCCACACGGUUGCCCGGCAGCGCGGGCGAGCUGGCGCUCCACCUGUCCGCCUUCGGCCAGGACUUCGUGCUGCGCCUGGCGCCGGACGCCAGCUUCCUGGCGCCAGAGUUCAAGAUCGAGCACCUCGGGGGCUCCGGCGGGGCGGCUGGGGGCGAGCAGGACCUGCGCCACUGCUUCUUCUCCGGCACUGUGAAUGCAGAGCCCGAGUCGCUGGCCGCCGUCAGCCUGUGCGGCGGGCUGAGCGGUUCCUUCCUGGUGGAAGGCGAGGAGUUCACCAUCCAGCCCCAGGGUGCAGGGGGCUCCCUGCAGCAGCCGCACCGCCUGCAGCGCCGGGGGCCGGCAGCGCGCCAGAGAACCCACGGCGUGGCCACUGCUGCCGCGGAAGCCCACCCUCUCCCUGCACGACCAGAGUGGGAGGUGGAGAAGGGAGAGGACCAGAGGCAGGAGAGAGGAGACGACGAGUUGGAGGAGGAGGAGGAGGAGAAAGAGGAGGAGGAGGAGGGCAAGGAAGAGGAGGCAGAAGGCGCCAGCGACCCGCCGCCACUGCUGGGGGCCACGAGCAGGACCAAGCGGUUUGUGUCUGAGGCUCGUUUUGUGGAAACGCUGCUUGUGGCCGAUGCUUCCAUGGCUGCCUUCUAUGGGGCCGACCUGCAGAACCACAUCCUGACACUGAUGUCCGUGGCAGCCCGCAUCUAUAAGCAUCCCAGCAUCAGGAACUCCGUCAACCUGAUGGUGGUAAAAGUGCUGAUAGUGGAAGAUGAGAAAUGGGGUCCAGAAGUAUCCGACAAUGGGGGGCUCACUCUGCGCAACUUCUGCAGCUGGCAACGGCGUUUCAACCAGCCCAGUGACCGGCACCCAGAGCACUUCGACACGGCCAUCCUGCUCACCAGACAGAAUUUCUGCGGGAAGGAGGGGAUGUGCGACACCCUGGGCGUGGCCGACAUAGGCACAAUCUGCGACCCCAACAAGAGCUGCUCUGUGAUCGAGGACGAAGGUCUGCAGGCAGCCUACACUCUGGCCCACGAGCUGGGGCACGUCCUCAGUAUGCCUCACGAUGACUCCAAGCCCUGCUCGAGGCUCUUUGGGCCCAUGGGCAAGCACCACAUGAUGGCGCCCCUCUUCGUCCACCUAAACAAGACGCUGCCCUGGUCCCCCUGCAGCGCCAUGUACCUCACGGAGCUCCUGGACAGCGGGCACGGAGACUGCCUCCUGGACGCUCCCACCUCCGCCCUGCCCCUUCCCACAGACCUGCCGGGCCGCAGCGCCCUCUAUGGGCUGGACCAACAAUGCAAGCAGAUUUUCGGGCAGGGUUUCCGCCACUGCCCCAACACGUCUGCGCAGGAUGUCUGUGCCCAGCUCUGGUGCCAGACCGAAGGCGCCGAGCCCCUCUGCCACACGAAGAACGGCAGCCUGCCCUGGGCUGACGGUACGCCCUGUGGGCCUGGUCACCUCUGCUGGGAGGGCAGCUGCCGGCUGGAGGAGGAAGUGGAGAGGCCCAAGGCCGCGGUCGAUGGAGGCUGGGCCCCAUGGGGACCCUGGGGAGAAUGCUCUCGCACCUGCGGAGGAGGAGUCCAGUUUUCACACCGCGAGUGCAAGGACCCCGAGCCUCAGAAUGGAGGACGCUACUGCCUGGGUCGGAGAGCCAAGUACCAGUCGUGCCGCACAGAGGAAUGUCCCCCCGAUGGGAAAAGCUUCCGGGAGCAGCAGUGUGAGAAGUACAAUGCCUACAACUAUACUGACAUGGAUGGGAACCUCUUGCAGUGGGUCCCCAAGUAUGCUGGCGUGUCCCCUCGAGAUCGCUGCAAGUUGUUCUGCAGGGCCCGGGGGAGGAGUGAAUUCAAAGUGUUCGAGGCUAAGGUGAUCGACGGCACCCUGUGCGGGCCAGAGACUCUGGCGAUCUGCGUGCGUGGCCAGUGCGUCAAGGCUGGCUGUGACCAUGUAGUGGACUCACCUAGGAAGCUGGACAAAUGUGGGGUGUGUGGGGGCAAAGGAAACUCCUGCAGGAAGGUCUCUGGUUCGCUCAACCCCUCCAGUUACGGCUACAAUGACAUCGUCACCAUCCCAGCCGGUGCCACUAAUAUUGAUGUGAAACAGCGGAGCCCCUCGGGGGUCCAGAAUGACGGCAACUACCUGGCCCUGAAGACGGCUGACGGGCAGUACCUGCUCAACGGAAACCUGGCCAUCUCAGCUAUAGAACAGGACAUCUUGGUGAAAGGGACCAUCCUCAAGUACAGUGGUUCCAUUGCCACCCUGGAGCGGCUACAGAGCUUCCGGCCCCUGCCCGAGCCUCUGACUGUGCAGCUCCUGACCGUCCCUGGUGAGGUCUUUCCCCCCAAAGUCAAAUAUACCUUUUUUGUUCCUAAUGAGGUGAACUUCAGCAUACAGAACAGCAAAGAGAAAGCAACCACCAACGUCAUCCAGCCCCUGCUCAAUGCGCGGUGGGUCCUGGGGGACUGGUCCGAGUGCUCAAGCAGCUGUGGUGCUGGCUGGCAGCGGAGGACAGUGGAGUGUCGCGACCUGUCAGGCCAGGCCUCAGCCACCUGCAACAAGGCUCUGAAACCUGAGGAUGCCAAGCCCUGCGGAAGCCAGCUGUGCCCCCUGUGAUUCAGGGGAGCCGGAGCCAGACUUGUGCUCAUAGACUCGGGGCCCUGGGGUGCGACGAGGGUCCCCACUACGGUGACCCUAUGUAGAGAGGUGGCGUGGGCUGGCCUGCCCAGGCCUCCCGUUGCCACAGCCCCUCCAGUUUGGCAUGAAUUCAUAAGAGGGAGAAGAGGAUGGGGACAACAGUCUACACCUUGUGGAGUGGACCUUGUUCAAGUAGAAGGCAUAGGUUAAAAGAUACAAAUGUGCACUUAUUGACCCAAAUGGGAGAUUCAGUCAGCCCAUUUGCAAAGGACUAGCAAACACAAAUGAAAACCAUUUUCUAUUUGAUUUCCCCGAUAAAUAAUCUACCUCAGAGGGGAAAGACUUAGUGAAACAGAGGGGUGGGGCCGGGGAGUGAAUGGUGAAUGUCAAAGCAAGCUCUAUGGUUCCACUCCCGAGCUGUCUUCAGAAAUGACCAUGGCUGUCUUCAGUAUUAAAACCCACUACCUAACUGGCGCAGAGUUGCAGGACUAUGGAAGCCACCUGUUCUCAGGCUCCCACCUGCAGGGCUGGAUCAUGUCAAGUAUUUA